CGAGAUUGAACUUUACGAGCUCACGUGUUCUCUACUUCCCCUCUUUUGCGAUAUCGUACGAUUUUUCAUUAUAUAAAUCUCUGUCGCACGGACAAUGGUGGAAAGUGGGCAAUUGCUACAUAAUUUAGUGAAUUCGGGGAGUUUUUACCGCUCUGAAAAGACACGCAAUAAAUUCCUGAUAUAUUUUUUUUUUCAUUACCUGUAGUGUGUAAAAUCGUCUGGCGCGAUCGAUACUUUUCGGGGUGGGUGGCGAGGAAGCCCUUCAAGGCAUCGCGCGCGUUCUCAUUAAAAUUAAUGGUAGGAGAAUCGAUCCGCUUCGUCAACUCGAUGCUUUUCCCCUCUUUUUUUUUCUCUGGCAAAGCACAUUUUUCUUGGGCCCAUUAAAAUCUAAUUUGGUGGCUAUUUUGUCGUUCUCUGUUCUGUCCACACUCGCCCAUCAGGAUUCGCAGCGAAAGAGCGCGCCGAGAUGCACUGGGGUUGGGCUUACGAUGGCGUGAAUGCGUCCGUGCCGAGAAAUUGUGGCCCAGAGUGCGCCAAUUUCCUCUCCACGCGGCGCCAGUGGUGUGAAAGCAUCCUCGUGACCAGCGUGAGUCUGUGGACACUCAACUGGGCGAUUGCACGCGUGAAGACCAUCAGCAGACCAGUGCAACGAGUCACGCGCGAUCCGGCGCCGUGGCUGAAGCAAUUGCUGCUCGUCGGCAUGACGCUGACAUUUGGCCUGGAGUUGGGCUUCAAGUUCGCCUCGAGAACCGUCAUUUACGUCCUCAAUCCAUGCCAUAUCACAACGAUUAUUCAGAUCUACUUGCUGGCGGCAAAACCGAGCAAUUUCGUAACAAUAAUGUUUCGCAUCCAAAUGAACUACCUUAACGGACCACUGCUGGCCUUCCUCUUCCCGGAGACGGACUCACGCCAGCAGGCCAUGGAGGCUACGGUGUACUGGAUCCAGCACGGCCUCAUGUUCAUAAUUCCCGUGUACCUGUUGCGAUUGGGCGGUGUGUACACCAUGGAGCCACUAUCAGACGUCAGCUGGAAUGUGAUAAGUUACUCCAUUUGUUUGAUUUAUCACUUUGUGAUACUGGAAAUAUUCGCCGUUCCGACGCAGGUGAAUCUCAAUCACAUGCUGUGCCCGGCGCUGCUGGAUCCCUUCACAGGACCGAGCUAUCGCCUGUGGGCGGUACUGCACCAGGCCAUCCUGUGUCCGCUCCUCGGCAAGCUCUACUAUUGCCUUUUCGCGCCCUCGCCGCCGCUCUCAAUUCAACCAAUUAUCGAUACGGCGACAAAGCUCUGUGAUAAGAAGGACGAGCCCGCGACGAAUGGUCCUAACAGUCAAAUUGUAGUUGUAGAUAAAAGUGGCGACGAGAAGACAGUCAAGUGUGAAUAGUCGAGCAUGGUUUUUGGGCAGAAUGUUUGUGACAAUAUGAUAUCGCGCAGAAAUCUGAGUGAAGGACGAAACCUAAAUACAGAUAGAGAAGGAAUUAUAUCAGUUUUAAAGUUAAAACCCAUAUAAUGGGAAAUGACAUGCGUAGGAGUUUCAAUAGUAGUGGCGAGGAGUAUAAUUUGGAGAAGUAGCCUUACUAUAAUAUUCCUCUGCAUUCCAUAUUUUAUACCUGAAUUUGAAAAAUUUUAUAAGGUAUAGAGAGAGAGAGAAAAUAGGGGAGAAAGUAAACCAACAUCAAGUUUUAAUGCCUUAAAGAGUAACGCAAAUAUUUAGCAAUAAUAAAGGAAGUAACAUAGAUAAAUUAUAAACGAGAUAUAGAUGAUCUUCAAAGGAUCUGUUCUGUAAAAAGAAAAAUCUCUUUAGUUAACCAAAUGCAAGUUGAGUUCACGUUGUGUGUUGUAUAAAUUGUUAAAGAAUAAACAGAGAGACGCGCGGGCGAGCUUUAGAGGAGGAAAAGCCAUAAUAAUCAACUUUAUCAAAGAGCAAACGACGAAGGAAGAUAACAACAAUAUAUCUCUAAAUAAACACUUUUACAUAUUUGCCAAUGAAAUGCUGCAAUUACAACCUAAUCAAAUGACAAUUUCGAUAUAUUGCAAGUAUAUACAUAUUUUGGGUGGGAGGAUAACAAUAUUUCGAUAUAAUUCCUAUUAAAGAAUUAAUGCGCGAAAACCCAUGAGCAAUUGUAGUUGAUCUCUUCACAUUUUAUAAUAGAAAAUUAAGUGAAUUAUUAAUUAAUAUUGUAAUGAAAGAGUUACCAGAAAACUUUGUUUGUUUCGCAUUCUUUUGUGAAUCAUUGUAAAUAAAACACUUA